AUGAGAAACGAUGUUGACCAAUUUAUCUAUAUGAAACAAAUUGCGGGCAGUCCAAAUGCGUUUCAUGAGCCGUCAAUGCAUCAUCCUGAUUUAGCAUAUCUUCGGCAGAUUGUUAAACAAUCUGACCCCAAGUUAGAGUACAAAGUGCUGGCAAACAUUGGUAGCGGCACGUACGGGGAUGUUUACAAGGCACAACGACGUGAUGACCGUCGGCUGGUGGCCAUUAAAAUAAUGAAAAUUGAUCCCAAGGAUGACAUUCGAGCUAUAUGUCAGGAGAUUCAUACCCUUAUGGAGUGCUCCCACCCUAACAUUGUGCAAUAUUAUGGCAGCUACCUUCGUCUCAACAAACUUUGGAUAUGUAUGGAAUUCUGCGGUGGACAAUCAAUGCAGGAUAUUUAUCUCUAUACUCGUAUCCCCUUACAAGAGGACUGUAUAGCCUUCGUUACCAGGGAAACACUAAAGGGUCUGCGACACAUGCAUGAAAGAAAUCGGAUUCACCGCGAUAUUAAGGCAGGGGGCAAACAUCCUUCUUACGGAUCGUGGCGAGGUCAAGAUAGCUGA